GGCGGACGAUGACUCGUACGGAUAAAUGUCGUAUCUGAAGUCCUCUGCCUGGCAACUCUAAGAACAAACACCAAUUGAACCAACUUACCGGCAAUCCAGCCUGAAGCUGUGAGAGAUGUCUCUGGCACAGUUAUCACGUCUUCUCCCUCUUCCCGAGUCCGAGCUGCAACAGGUCCUUGACUACGCAGCGACGCUCUCCCCUCAGGAUGCAGCGGAUCAUUUCAACAACCUCCUGGGCGAAUCCGCACAAUCCAUAGAGUUCAUCUCUUCCUUCAACUCACGCCGUCAUGCCCCGGCAUCGAAACCAGCAUCGCAACAGACUACGCCGUCUGAUUCAGGAUCAGGAGUCCCCAAGAGCACAAGGGCGCCCAAGAAGAAGAAAGCUCCCAUCCAUACUCCCGCACCCCGCCAAAUACAAGAUACCUACGCCGCGCAAGGCACCGCAUAUAUCAAGAAGGACGAAGAUGACUACAUAUCCAAACGACCUACGCCUCCACGCUCCUCAACGCCCAGCAAUGUCUCUGCCCUCGAACCUAAACCCGAAGCUACUCAAGCACCUGUCCCGCGGCCGCCUCCUUCCGCAGCAGGUUCUCUAAUAUCCGAUUUCAAAUCAAAAAGUAAUUCUUCCUCCCGCAACGCAUCACGGACCGCAUCCCCCGCACCCUCUAAGACGAAGGUGAACAUCACCGGUGGCACAUCUAUGCACGGCGCCUCGACCGUGCUCCAGGAGCUGGACGCUGCCAUCCGCAGCUUAGAGAUCAGCACCAACAGCACCCUGCUCGACAACGAACGGAGGAAAUGCAAUUGCAUCGGCGCACGGCAUCCCCUACUAGCUGCGGCGCCUAACUGUUUGAAUUGCGGGAAGGUGAUCUGUGUCAAGGAGGGGCUGGGGCCGUGCACAUUCUGCGGGACGCCAUUGCUGAGCGCUGUCGAGGUACAAGGCAUGAUCCGGGAGCUGCGGGAGGAGCGAGGCAGGGAGAAGAUGGCGCUGGACGCCUCGAGCCAUCGCCGGGCCGAGGUUUCCAAGAAGCCGCUUCCGUUCACGACGCCGCGGGGUGGAGAGACGACGCUGAGCCCCGCGGAGGCGAAGGCCAAGGAGCACCGGGACAAGCUGCUGGGGUUCCAGGCGCAGAAUGCGAAGCGGACGACGGUCAGGGACGAGGCGGCGGAUUUCGAGACGCCGAUGACGGCGGGGGUGAACCUGUGGGCGAGCCCGGCGGAGAGGGCGAGGCAGCUGAAGAAGCAGCAGAGGGUGUUGGCGGAGCAGGAGUGGAACGCGAGGCCGGAGUAUGAGAAGAGAAGGCAGGUGGUGAGUAUUGACUUGGUCAAGGGGAAGGUGGUGAAGAGGAUGGGGGCGGUUGAAAGACCGCAGCAACCACAGAGCGAGAGUGAGGACGAGGCUGAAGAGCUGCCCCAGAGUGACACGAGUGGGAAUACGGGCGGGGGGACCUUCAGCCGCAACCCGCUGCUCGGAGGGCUGAUCAAGCCCGUUUACGAUAGUGGGAAGGGCAAACAGAGGGAGGAGGAGGGGCCGGUGGAAGGUAGAAAGAAAACAAAAUGGCGGAGAGUACAGGAUGACCUGGAAGAUAAUGAGGAAAUCAUCUUGGAUGGUGGCAUAUAUGGCGGUGACGCAGCUGGUAGCCGUCUAGGGGAAUAGGGGAGUUACCCUUAUAGUUAGAAGUAUACAUUUACAAGAUACCCACAAUGCUUUUAAACCAUACCG